AACAAGAUGGCGGCGGCGUGUCGGGCGCGGAAGGGGGAGGCGGCCCGGAGCGCCCGCGAGUGAGGCGCGGGGCGGCGAAGGGAGCGCGGGCGGCGGAACUUGCUGUCGCGGCCUUGGAUGGGCUGGGCCCCCCUCGCCGCUCCGCCUCCUCCACACGCGCGGCGGCCGCGGCGAGGGGGACGCGCCGCCCGGGGCCCGGCACCUUCGGGAACCCCCCGCCCCGGAGCCUGCGGCCUGUGCCGCUUCAGCCGCCCGGGGCCCCGUGGAGCCCCCGCCGCCGCGCCGUCCCGCGGACCGGACGCUGAGGGCACUCGGGGUGGGGCGCGCGCUCGGGCAGACGUUUGCGGGGAGGGGGCGCCUGCUUGGCCCCGGCGACCACCGCGGGGGUCGCGAGUCGGCUCGGGGGGUGCCCAGUGCGGGCCCUCGCGGGCGCCGGGCAGCGACCAGCCCUGAGCGGAGCUGUUGGCCGCGGCGGGAGGCUGCCCGGACGCCCCCACCCCCCCGAACGCUCGCCCGGGCCGUCGGGAGUCGGCGCCCCCCGGGAGGUCCUCUCGGUAGUCCGCGGCGGAGCGUUUGCGGCUGGGACAGGCGGCGGGACCCGCGCGUCGCCGGAGACACCCCCAGCGAAGUUGGGCUCUCCAGGUGUGGGAGUCCCGGGGGGCAGCGACGUCGCGGACCCCGCCUGUGGGAUGGGCGGCCCGGAGAAGACCGCGCUUGGCCGUGUUCACGCUUGUCCGUGGGCCUGAGGUCCCCGGAGGAUGACCUAGCACUGAGAAGCCCCGGCCGGCCUACCCAGGGCCUCCGAGGACAAAGUUGACCCCGACCGGGCCGUUCCCCAGUUCCGAGGCCCGGGUCCCACUGCAACUCGCGUCUGAGCCGCCGUCCCGGACGCCCGGUGCCCGCGGGUCUGCAGACCCUGCACCGGGCUCGGACUCGCAGCCGGGACUGACGUGUAGGACAAUCGUUUCUGUUGGAAGAAGGGUUUUUCCCUUCCUUUUGGGGUUUUUGUUGCCUUUUUUUCUUUCUUUUUUCUUUGUAAAAUUUUGGAGAAGGGAAGUCGGAACACAAGGACCGCUCACCCGCGGACUCAGGGCUGGCGGCGGGACUCCAGGACCCUGGGUCCAGCAUGGAGGUGGUGGACCCGCAGCAGCUGGGCAUGUUCACGGAGGGCGAGCUGAUGUCGGUGGGCAUGGACACAUUCAUCCACCGCAUCGACUCCACCGAGGUCAUCUACCAGCCGCGCCGCAAGCGGGCCAAGCUCAUCGGCAAGUACCUGAUGGGGGACCUGCUGGGGGAAGGCUCUUACGGCAAGGUGAAGGAGGUGCUGGACUCGGAGACGCUGUGCAGGAGGGCCGUCAAGAUCCUCAAGAAGAAGAAGUUACGAAGGAUCCCCAACGGGGAGGCCAACGUGAAGAAGGAAAUUCAACUACUGAGGAGGUUACGGCACAAAAAUGUCAUCCAGCUGGUGGACGUGUUAUACAACGAAGAGAAGCAGAAAAUGUAUAUGGUGAUGGAGUACUGCGUGUGUGGCAUGCAGGAGAUGCUGGACAGCGUGCCAGAGAAGCGUUUCCCGGUGUGCCAGGCCCACGGGUACUUCUGUCAGCUGAUUGACGGCCUGGAGUACCUGCACAGCCAGGGCAUCGUGCACAAGGACAUCAAGCCCGGGAACCUGCUGCUCACCACCGGGGGCACCCUCAAAAUUUCCGACCUGGGCGUGGCCGAGGCACUGCACCCGUUCGCGGCGGACGACACCUGCCGGACCAGCCAGGGCUCCCCGGCUUUCCAGCCACCCGAGAUUGCCAACGGCCUGGACACCUUCUCCGGCUUCAAGGUGGACAUCUGGUCAGCUGGGGUCACCCUCUACAACAUCACCACGGGUCUGUACCCCUUCGAAGGGGACAACAUCUACAAGCUGUUUGAGAACAUUGGGAAGGGGAGCUACGCCAUCCCGGGUGACUGUGGCCCCCCGCUCUCCGACCUGCUGAAAGGGAUGCUUGAGUACGAGCCGGCCAAGAGGUUCUCCAUCCGGCAGAUCCGGCAGCACAGCUGGUUCCGGAAGAAACACGCUCCGGCCGAGGCGCCGGUGCCCAUCCCGCCGAGCCCGGACACCAAGGACCGGUGGCGUAGCAUGACUGUGGUGCCGUACUUGGAGGACCUGCACGGCGCGGACGAGGAUGAGGACCUCUUUGACAUCGAGGACGACAUCAUCUACACUCAGGACUUCACGGUGCCCGGACAGGUCCCGGAAGAGGAGGCCAGUCAGAAUGGACAGAGCCGGGGCCUCCCCAAGGCCGUGUGUAUGAACGGCACGGAGGCGGCGCAGCUGAGCACCAAAUCCAAGGCGGAGGGCAGGGCCCCCAACCCCGCCCGCAAGGCCUGCUCUGCCAGCAGCAAGAUCCGCCGGCUGUCGGCCUGCAAGCAGCAGUGAGGGUGGCCACCUGCAGCCCGUGUCCAGGAGCCCCGCCAGGUGCCCGCGCCAGGCCCUCAGUCUUCCUUCCGGUCCCGCCCGCCCUCCCGGAGAGGUGGCUGCCAUGCCUCUGUGCCGACCACGCCCCAGGACCUCCGGAGCACCCUGCAGGGCCGGGCAGGGGGACAGCAGGGACCGGGCACAGCCCUCCCCUCGGCCGCCCGGCAGUGCACGCUUGUUGACUGCAGCCCAGGGCAGAGCCUUCCCGGGCAGGCGAGGGAGGAGGGAGGCGGCCUCGAUGCACUUUACGUGGAGACUACUGGCCCCGCCCGUGGCCUCGUGCUCCGCAGGGCGCCCAGCGCAGUCCCCGCCGCAGACCAGCGGGCGGGUGUGGAGACCAGGCUCCUGGCCCUGCCAUGCAUGCAGCACCGCCCGGAAGCCGCGCGGCCACUUUGGUUUUGUUUGGUUGGUUCCAUUUUCUUUUUUUCUUUUUUUUUUUAAGAAAAAAUAAAAGGUGGAUUUGAGCUGUGGCUGUGAGGGGUGUUUGGGAUCUGCUGGGUGGCCGGGGGGGGCCGCGGGGUUGGGCUCACGUCGCAGCUGCCUUUGCGCGCUCGGGUCACCCUGCUUCGGCCGCCCGGUCUGAGGGCAGGACCCCUCACCUCCCCCAAGGGACCCCAGAGAAGGAGCGAGCAGGAGUGUGCAGUCAGUAUGUAUAAUCAUCCAGAAAACAGAAACACGAGAAACGCCAUCGCGGGAUGGUGCAGACGCGGCGGGGGCUCGGAGGGCGUGGUGCGGGCCAGGGCGCCCGAAUUUGGCAAUAAAUAAAGCUUGGGAAGCUUGGA